CGAGGCGGAGGCCGAGGUGCCUGAGCUCCCCCGACACUAGAGCAAAGCAGCUGAAGAAAUUUCCAGCAAGUUCAGAUUUCCAACCUCUGCAGGUCCCAUUGCAUUGGGACCGGGCUUGCCCUCUCCCACCUCAAGUCCUCCUCCUCUGUUUCCCUCCUCCCCUGUCCCCGCGGGCGACUGCCCGGGACCCCCAGCGAGGCCCGUUGUGCAGCCCACUGGGAGGAGGCAGGCGCGCGGCCAUGUGCCCCCCGGUCAGCGUGCGCUGUGGGGGAGAGGGCCUCUCCUACCUCCAUGCGUCCUGGCUGUACCAGCUUCGGCAUGGAGACCAGCUGAGGAUCUGCUUUGCUUGCUUCAAGGCUGCCUUCCUGGACCUUAAAGACUGGCUGGAGCUGGAGGGCUGGGAAGACGGAGACUGGGACCCUGAACUGAUGGACGACACCGGGGCAGGGUCUGAGCACGAGGGGUCCCCAGGUGUGGGGCUCAGCUGGGGCCAGGGCUCAGGGCAGACUGCCCAGGGAGGUCCCGGGGUCUGGGGGCCUGGGGCCCUGGCCUCGGCCUCGGCCUCAGCAGGGUCAGAGGAGGCGGGCCUGGACUACCACUUUGUGCCCACUGAGCUCGAGCCGCAGGACACAGUGCCCCUGACCCUGGGCCUUGAGGAUGCCGACUGGACCCAGGGCCUUCCCUGGAGAUUUGGGGGGGUUCUUAUCUGCUCUCACUGGCCCAGCCUCCCUCCCCCGUGGCAGGAGUUUCUCAAAGUGGACCUGCCCCCAGGGGAGCCCAUGGUGCUGGAACUGAGUGCCAGCUGGGCCAUGGACCCCGCUGAGGCCGAGGCCUGCUUAUUGGACCUGAAGGUUGUGUCCAUGGUGGGCUGCUAUGACGCCGUCUACCUGCGGAAGAUGACUCCGGGCCGGGCCUCGAGGACCUCGGGGCAGCACUGGAGCCUGCUGCUGGAGCCCGACGAGGUGUGGGUGGUGAGACUCCAGGAUGCACCCCAAGAGCCGGACUUGCACAGGUGGAAGCUGAGCAUCCUGGAACCCUCCUUCACAGGGUACAGCGUGGAGCUGGUGCCUGCAGACACGGCCCUGCAGAAGAGGGGGUUCACCAUUGUCUCGUAUUCACCCUGGAUCAAAAGGCAGACCGAGGAAGGCGACCCAGCCUCUAGGCCACGGUCUUCCAGUCGAGGGCAGGACCCCAGCACCUCUGAGAACUGGAGGGGUGGGCCCAGGGACCCUGGGGAGAACCUAGCUGUCAUGGGAGCCUCGGCCCAGGGGGAGCUGCCCUGUUUCGAGCCCCUCGACCCAGGUCCCCAGAAUGGAGGGGACAAGUAGCUGCCAUU